AUGUUCAUCAGCGAUCUAGAGCUCGACAAAUGGCACAAGAUGAUACAAAAGAAACUCCCUCAAGCUUUCACUCCAGACGACAAGCUGACUGGCGAGGAUGGUAAACAACAUCCAGAGGGAACCAAACUUUUGGCAUCGUUCGAUGACGAUCCGAAUAAACCUAUGUGGUGCGAAGUCAAAGGAUCCCGUUGGAAUAUCGAAUGUAGUGGCAAGGAACGUGUCUAUGCGGUCUUGAUGGGAAGUGAGCUCACCCAGAUUGCCCUUACUAGCGCUCACGAAGAGUCGGGAUGGAAAUUUGUCAAGUGA